AUGCAGUUACCGGCAAUCUUUGCCGGUUUUCUGCUGAUCAUCCGGCUGUCCAGGAGCGAAAUCCUGACGCCGCCGUAUUUCAAUUUGGCUGAAGGCAAAGAGAUCGAAGCUUCGGCUACGUGCGGUGUAGACACCACCGGUCCCGAACUUUAUUGCAAACUCGUCGGCGCGAACGCCGAUCAGGAUGAAGAUAUCAACUUGAUUCAAGGCCAGGUAUGCGAUUAUUGUGAUCCUGAAAAUCCUGAAAAAAGACACCCGCCCGAGUAUGCGGUCGAUGGUAUGGAAACGUGGUGGCAAUCACCACCUUUAUCCAGGGGGAUGAAAUACAAUGAAGUUAAUCUGACGAUCAAUCUGGGACAGGAAUUUCACGUAGCUUACGUUUACAUACGAAUGGGUAAUUCACCUCGGCCAGGACUCUGGAUCCUGGAAAAGUCGAAAGAUUAUGGCAAAACUUGGUCGCCCUGGCAAUACUUUUCGGAUUCCGCCAGCGAUUGUCUGACCUACUUUGGGGUAGACAGUCACAAACCGAUUACUCGAGAUGACAGCGUAAUUUGCACGACUGAAUAUUCAAAAGUUGUGCCCCUCGAAGGUGGCGAGAUUCCGAUCUCUAUCUUAAAUAAUCGACCCUCAGCGAAGCACUAUUUCAAUUCGACUUUGUUACAAGAGUGGACGCGGGCAACCAACGUUCGUUUUCGCUUUCUCAGGACGAAGAACUUGUUGGGACAUCUUAUGUCCGUCGUUCGUCAAGAUCCUACCGUUACCAGAAGAUACUUUUAUUCGAUCAAAGAUAUCAGUAUUGGCGGUCGUUGUAUGUGCAACGGUCACGCGGACAUUUGCGACAUUCAAGACCCUAACAUGCCGAAGAAACUAGUCUGCCGGUGCCAGCACAAUACUUGCGGACCUCAGUGUGCAACGUGUUGCAAAGGUUUCGAGCAAAAAAAAUGGAGACAGUCCACAGCAUCACAGAAAUUCAUAUGUGAACCUUGCAACUGCUUUGAACAUUCAGACGAGUGCAUUUACGAUCCGAUCAUUGAUGAAAAACAUUUAUCAUUGGAUAUUUACGGUAAUUACGAGGGUGGUGGUAUUUGUCAGAAUUGCAAGCACAAUACUGAAGGCAUCAACUGCAAUCGCUGCAAACCCAAAUUCUACAGACCUUGGGACAAACCACUCAAUGCAACUGACGUAUGUCAACCCUGCAAUUGUGAUUAUUUUUACUCUACUGGAGAUUGCUCCGAUUCCAAUGGAAAAUGUGAGUGUCGCAAAGAAUUCACACCGCCGAAUUGCGACUCUUGCAAUUACGGAUACUUUGGCUAUCCUAAUUGCUUACCCUGUCAAUGUGAUUUGCGAGGUACCGACGGUUAUUAUUGCGAAGCAAUUGACGGUUAUUGUCCCUGCAAGCUAAACUAUGCCGGUCACUACUGUAAUCUCUGCGCGGAAGGAUAUUACAAUUUUCCCGACUGCUUACCUUGUGAUUGCAAUCCUCUGGGUGCUCUGGAUGAUGUCUGCGACGUGAUAUCUGGUAACUGUACGUGCAAAAACAAUUACGGAGGCAGAACUUGUAACAUUUGCGAGGACGGGUAUUACAAUUAUCCUUUUUGCACAUAUUGCAAUUGUGAUGCGCGCGGAACGCAACCCGGUAUUUGCGAUAAGACGGAUGGCGUUUGUUUGUGCAAAGAAGGAUACGGUGGCGUUAGAUGCGACCAAUGCACACCUGGAUAUUACGGCUAUCCUAAUUGCGUACCAUGUAACUGUAGUUCCGUCGGGUCAUCCAGCAUCAGUUGUGAUUCUACGGGCAAGUGCUCAUGCCUCGCCAAUUUCGCCGGAAGGACUUGCAGUCAAUGCAGUCCAGGAUACUAUAAAUAUCCAGAAUGCAUUGCAUGUAAUUGCGAUCAUGGUUCGAUCGGUGUGUCCUGUGACGGCGAAGGUAAAUGUCAAUGCCGCGAGAACUUCGACGGCAUUCGAUGUGAGCAAUGUAAAGAGAGCUACUACAACUUUCCUACUUGUGAGGGUUGCAACUGCGAUCCGGCUGGCAUAGUCGCAACUUUUCAAGGUUGCGGCUCUUUGCCGCCCGGUGAACUUUGCCAAUGCAAGGAGCGCGUUGAAGGAAGAAUAUGUAACCAAUGCAAGCCGCUUUAUUGGAAUCUGCAGCCUUACAACCCAGACGGUUGCGAAGAAUGUCAUUGUAACAUUCCUGGAGUUAUCGGCAACAUCGGUGAGUGUGACACUAAGACUGGGCAGUGUAUCUGUAAACCUGGCGUAACCGAUAGAGGAUGUAGCCGAUGCAUCGACGGAACAUAUAAUCUUCAGGAAAACAAUCUCUUUGGUUGUUCUGAUUGCUCUUGCGACGUUGGCGGUUCCGUCAACCCGGUAUGUGACAAGCAAACUGGCCAAUGUCCUUGCCAACCACGAAUUACCGGUCUAACGUGCAAGGAACCUCUAAAGGCGCACUACUUUCCUACCCUUCAUCAGUAUCAAUACGAAGCCGAGGUUGGUAAAACUCUUAGUGGAAGCAGUGUCCGCUACGGCUUCGCGGAAGAUAUCUUUCCGGAUUUCAGUUGGAAAGGUUACGCCGAAUUUACUACGCAACAAAGGGAGAUUAUACUGGGCGUGGGUAUCGGCAAGUCUUCGCUCUACCGAAUGGUUUUACGUUAUGUUAAUCCCAAUAAUGAGUCCGUCCUCGGUAUCAUCACUAUCAUUCCUGACAGUCUAUCUGAAAUAGAGCAGAAGUUUACAGUCAACUUUAAACCGACCGUUCGCCCAGCCUUCGUAACAGUUGCCGGACCAUAUGGCAACCAUCCAUUACCUAUGGUGAUGAAUCCUGGACACUGGUCCAUCAAAAUUGCCACAGAGAAAACGUUCCUUGAUUACUUCGUUUUAUUACCAUCGGAAUACUACGAGGGCGGCAUAUUGACACAGGACGUGAAUGUGCCCUGCGAAGUCGGUUACAAGGGACUCUGCAGGCAUUAUGGAUAUCCGAAUUUGACACGGUUUGAUUCAGUCCACGGCGCUGGUGGUUUCCUUAGUGAGAACAAUGUCCGGAUCCCAUUAACCGAGUAUUUUACUGAUCACGAGACUUUGCAAGAAAUUAACGAGGAUGAGGUGCCACUCAUAAACAAUCAACAAGAAGAAAUCCAUUUUGAACUAAGAAUCAGCAAACCUGGUCCUCACGUUCUCGUGGUGACGUAUGUUACUCCGAGGAAUGAGCAAGAUACGUCAGUACUAUUAAUUGAGGCGAAUACCGUUGGCAAAGGCAGAGUCACCCUCAAUCCCUGUAGGUAUACCAGUACAUGUCGUCAGGUUGUUACCGAUACUUACGGUAAGGUGGCUGUCAUGAAUUUCUCAUCGAACUACGUUAGCUUGGUACUGACCGGUGAGCCGACCUCAAACAUCGCGAUCGACUCGAUAGUGGCGAUUCCCUAUCAUCAAUGGUCGCUGGAUUAUAUAAAGCCCAAAUCUAUCUGUGUAAGAAAAAAUGGUAAAUGUAUACAAGGACUUUUUCCCGAUGCCGCCGACGCCAAGAAGAUCGAAUUCGAGACUUCUAACAACAUUCUCGAAGCCGAAAUUCGACCUCACGGUAUUUAUGAUAACACCACUAAAUUGAUCUAUCUAGGCGAUGGCGAUAUGGUGGAUAUUCACGCGAAGGUUUCCGAACCGGGAGAUUACAUCUUUGUGGUACAGUAUUAUCAACCGGACCACCCUCAGUUUGAGCUAGAUGUGCUAGUGCAGAACGGCAAAUUCUACGAAGCGAAAGUGCCGGUUCCUCACUGUCCUAGUAACAGCGGCUGUCGUAGCAUUAUACGUCAAAUUGACAACAACGAUACCCGAUUUCAGCUGAUUGAAAAUUUUGUGCUAACACUAAAAGAGCCUGGCCGCGGUAUUUGGUUAGAUUAUGUCCUGGUGAUCCCGGCGGAUCAGUACAAUGACAAGAUCCUCAGUAAAUUGCAGUUUGACGAGACAAAUGAGUUCAUUAAACGUUGCGGCAGUAAUCAUUUCCAUAUCAACGUCACCGAGGAUGGCUUCUGCCGUGACUCAACUUUUUCGUUAACGGCUAACUAUAAUAAUGGUGCAUUGCCUUGCAAUUGCGAUGGCGAAGGCUCCACUAGUUUUGAGUGCGAAAAAUUCGGCGGCCAAUGUCCUUGUCGGCCGAAUAUCAUCGGCAGACGAUGCGAGGUCUGCAAAACUGGCUUUUACGGCUUUCCUACAUGUAGACCGUGUAAUUGCCCUACUCUCUGUGAACGGGAUACUGGCAGAUGCAUUUGUCCACCUCGAGUAACGGGUCAACGAUGCGAUCAAUGUGAAGCUGGCACCUACGGAUUCCACCCAAUUAUCGGCUGUGAGGAGUGCAACUGUUCACCCUUGGGUGUUUUGGAUGGUGAUCUGCAGUGCGAUUUACUCGACGGCAGCUGCCGUUGCAAGGAGAACGUAGUGGGCCGUCAAUGUGACCGUUGCCAUGCUGGUUACUCGCAAUUCCCACAUUGCGAACGCUGCGACUGCGAUUCACGCGGUACAACUGCUGAUAUCUGCGACCAAUAUACGGCCGAGUGCUUCUGCAAGGCAAAUGUGCAAGGUCAGGCGUGUGACGUGUGCCGCGAAGGCACCUUUAAUAUUCAAGCUGAAAAUACAGACGGUUGUACCAAGUGCUUCUGCUUUGGCAAGACUACUAGAUGCGCCUCCGCGAAUCUCUAUUGGACUCAUCUUAUGGAUAUGGCUGGUUGGGAACUAAUCAUACCCAUCGAUAAGAGUGGCAACUUUAGCAAUCUAUCAACCUAUCCUGUGGAGAAUGCAACUACAAUUACGGUUUCGCUCAUCGCUAACGACACUUUCGAGAAUGUCAUCUUCUUUUCGGCGCCUGAUACCUAUCUCAAUAAAAAAUUGACUUCUUACGGUGGUUACUUAAAUUAUAGUGUCUAUUAUAGCACGGGACCCUUCGGCAAGGCUGUCAGCGCCGCUGAUGUAAUUCUUCAAGGCGCUAAUACUACGUUAUUUUAUUAUUCCGAUGAACAGCCACCAUCCUUUGUCAACUUUAGAGCGUCCGUUCGCCUCGUCGAAGCUAACUUCGUAACUAGCAACAGACUCAGCGCUACUAGAGAACAAAUUAUGGUUGUUCUCGAAGAUCUGCGUGGAAUAUACGUGCGUGCUACAUACUGGAACCCCAGCAUUACGGCUUCAUUAUCAUACGUAACUUGGGACAUUACAACGGAACAAUAUUCAGCUCAAUAUAGCAUCCCGGCUGGCAGCGUAGAACAGUGUCAGUGUCCACCUAAUUAUCAAGGAUUCUCGUGCGAGGAAUGCGCUCCGGGAUAUUAUAGGAUUAAGUCAGGACCAUACGGAGGGUACUGCGCGCCUUGUCAAUGUAACGGCCAUGCGACUACGUGCGAUGUAAACACCGGAAUCUGUCAGAAUUGCAAGAAUGGCACCACCGGCAACCAUUGCGAAUUCUGUGAGCAAGGUUACUACGGCAAUGCCACUGUGGGCACACCGACCGAUUGUCUGAUUUGUGCAUGCCCGUUACCGGUCGCCUCCAAUAACUUUGCUACCGGCUGUGAGGUGAAUGAGGAGGGCAAUAAGAUUAGCUGCGACUGUCUGCCCGGAUAUUACGGUGCUCGAUGCGAGGCUUGCGCUGCCGGCUAUUACGGCAAUCCUGAAGUAUACGGUGAUUACUGCAAGCCGUGCGAAUGCUCCGGCAAUAUUGACACCAAUCAAAUUGACUCAUGCGACAGUAUCACUGGUGAAUGUUUGCAAUGUUUAAACAAUACCUCUGGUGAAGCGUGUAAUCUGUGUGCUCCCGGUUAUUUCGGUGAUGCCGUGGAGCGAAAAGACUGUCGUAGCUGCGUAUGCGAUAACUGCGGAAUGGAACAUUGCGACAGCUACAGUGGUCAAUGUUUCUGUCGACAAAAUGUUAUCGGUGAACAAUGCGAUCGCUGUGCACCCAAUCAUUAUGGUUUCGGUACCUGCAAGGGAUGCAAAUCAUGCGACUGCGACUUGGCCUCGGAAAAUAGCCAAUGCGACGGAGAAACGGGACAGUGUAAAUGCAUGCCAGGCGUCACCGGUCGCAGAUGCGACCAGUGUAUUCAGGGAUAUUGGAAUUACGGACGUGAUGGAUGCACCUCGUGUGAAUGUCACACUGGUUAUUCUGUCGGCGUGUCUUGCGACACAUCCACUGGUCAAUGCACCUGUUUACCUGGUGUGAUUGGUGAGAAGUGCGAUCACUGUCCGUAUCGGCACGUACUUAUUCCGUCACAGGGUUGUUUCUCUUGCGGUUCCUGCACGGGAAAUCUUUUGGAUGUCACAGAUGAACUAGCUGAUUUAGUAGAGCCUAUCUCGCGCGAGUAUAAUACAGUUGCAGAAGGCUACUUUACGAAUCAACGACUUAAAUUUAUCAACGAUAUGGUCAACGAACUCUAUCCCGAAGUUAAAUUAUUAGAUCCAAGUCAGGUAAAUCUACUACCGAUACAGGAGAAGCUGAAGCAGAUGGAACAUGAAGUGUAUUAUCAUAAACAACAGAUUGAUUUUACUACCGAAGACGUUAACAAGUGGAAGAACGACUCAGAGAAUACAUUGCGGAAUAUGAACACUCUGGAGGAAGAUGUGGUACAUAAGAUUGACUUAGUCAAUCAGAUCGUAUCGGAAGUGCAAUCAUUGGCAUUGAAUAUUGAAUUAGGAACGAGCGCCAAAGUCGAUAAUGCAUUGAACGAAGCGAAGGAGAUUCUAAAAAGAAUCAAAGAUGUCUCUUUCACUAAAUUUCGGGACGAUGCCGUGGACCAAGCGAAUCAGGCUAAUAUACUGAUUUCCGAAAUGCAACAGUACAGUUUUCCGGCUAGCAACCUAAGCUUCGCUGUAACUGAUCUCAACAUUAGGAUAAAAAAUGUCAGUGUCAAAAUGGAUGACUUGCUGGACACUGUGCAAUUAGCUCAAAAUACUGCUAGUAUAGCGGAUAAGCUGAAUCGAGAGAAUAGAAUCGCUGUACAGAGUGGCAACCUUGACGUUGUGAAAAACUCCACUGCCGAGGCGAGAGAAGACUUGGAGGCUGGAGAACAACUCAAGAAUAAUGCCAGUGAUUUCCUUAAUCAUGCAAAGACCAAUCUCGAUCUUUUACGAACUAACACUGACAGCGAUGUGAUUGAUCGACUGAACAACACCAUUGCGUUAAAUGAUGAAAUGUUAAUCGAUCUGGCUGACCCAGUACAGAAAGCCCAUGCUCACGCAGCAUAUCUACACGAUCGUUCACUAGAAUUGGAUAGUUUACUAACUGAUACUCGCAAUACUAACGCGGUGAGGGCUGUUUCAGCAUACAGGGAUAUAGAAACCGCAAUUCAAACCGCAAAAGAUGCUGCAGACAAUGCUAUAAUUGCUGCUGACAACGCAACAACAUUGACUGAUGGACUCGAGGAAAAGAUGUUGGACUCUCGAAACGAGUGCUUUAAAUUGUUAGCUGCCGCGCAGUUCGCUCUAACAAAAACGACAGGCCAGCCCGAGAAUGAUUUGCGAGACGCAAGGAACAACGCGACUCUGAUUGAGAAUCAAAAUAAACGUAACAAGGAGCUUCUCGACUCUAUCGACAAGACACUUGACAACAUUCCUUCACAAUCGUCUUCAGUUGCACAUGACGCCAUGAAUCAAGCAAUGAAUGUCGAACAUAACAUUAAGAACGCCAUCGAUGACAUGAACGACAUUGUGAAUGAAAUUCCGGAAGAUUUGCGGGAGACAAAGCAACUCUCGAAGAAUACCUCAGAGACAAUCCGUGAAAUCUCGCAAGCAAAUAAGCAGUUGGAUGGUGUAUAUAAAGUGAUGCCAAAUAUCAACAGUUUACUAAACAGUUUAAAUGACAAUCAGAAAUCAAUUGACGCAACCGGGAAUGAUUUACAAAGUAAAAUCGAGGCUCUAAGAAACAAAAUCGCGAAUGCGCGGGAACUGGCCAAUCGGUUCAAAACCGGUUUGACCUUCUACAGGAAUACUACUUUGGAACUGAAGAAUCCAGAGAGCUUGCCAUUACUAUCUACAUCCACAAAGAUAUCCCUAUAUUUCAGGACCAACAAGACCAACGGUUUUCUGUUGUAUCUCGGCAAUGAGGAAAAGUCAAAGCUACCACGCUCUAAAGCGCAUGACUUCAUGGCGUUGUUGAUUGAAAACGGAUAUCCUGUGCUUAUAGUCGAUCUGGGAUCUGGACCAGAGAAGAUAAAUCAUAACAAAUUUGUAUCGGAUAAUGUGUGGCGGCAGAUAAUUAUCGACAGAACUGGUAAAAAUGUCAAGUUGAUCGUUCGCGAAGAUAUUGGAGAGGGCAAAGAUAUAUUAUACGAGAAAGAACGGGUUUUAUCAGGUCCAUAUUAUAUCUUUAAUGUGGAUCAGGAACAUUCGAAACUCUUUGUCGGUGGCUAUCCAUCGUCCUUCCGCAUCCAAAAUGCCGUAACCGCAUCUUCUUUCGAGGGCGAAAUGGAGGAACUGAUGAUAGGCGAUAUACCGGUAUCUUUCUGGAACUUUGUCGACGGCGAAAAUAAUCAGAAGAGUGCACUCGAACGCGACAAACUCAUUAAUUUCGCGCCGAGCAGAGGCUACCGUUUUGAUCGACACGGCUACGCAAUACUUAGCAAAAAGAGCUCGCAGAUUACACCAGAUACUAGAAAGUUUAUCAUCAAACUAUCUUUCAAAACAUUUGUGGAGGAUGGAUUGAUUUAUUUAAUGGGCAAGGGAAGGCAGUUCUUGUCUUUAGAAAUGAGAAACGGUCAAUUGUUGUAUCAGUACGAUCUUGGCGAGGGUACUAUUGUUUUGAGGUCCUCAGAUAAAUACAACGAUGGUAAUUGGCACACUCUAGAAGCCAUUAGACAAGAUACAAUGGGCGCACUCAAGGUAGAUGACCACACAGUUGCAUCUAGUCAAGAGAGAGGAACCACCAAGCCUUUAGUCACAUCGGAUCACAUUUAUUUUGGUGGAUAUCCGCCUAAUGCAAAGCAUCCUUAUGAUUCGGUUAUCAAUAAUGGCUUCGAAGGGUGCAUCGAUGACGUAGUUAUCUUAGAUACUUCAGUCGAUCUCACGCGCAACGUACAGGCAUUUGGAGUUAUGCCUGGUUGUCCAGUCAGGUUUGCCAGUCUUGUCUCUUUUGAGAAAAACACACCCGGCUAUGUGAGGUGGCGCAAUUUAGCGUCCGAUGGUCUACAAGUGAAUUUCAAGUUUAAGACAUUGGCUAGCGAUGGUCUCAUUUUCUACGCAACCAACGACGAUCGGCAAAACGCGGCUACUAGUUAUCUAUCACUGGUGGACGGACAAUUGGUAUUCACUAGUCAGGGUGAGGAACUUAGAACAAGCCCGUCGGAUGUUAAGUUCAACGAUAACGAAUGGCACGUGGUAACUGCCACUCAUGAUCAAUCGGGUCUUAGCCUCGACAUUGACGAUACGAAGAACUAUAGCACCGAUUCAGCGCCGCCACCAUUGCAUUUUCUCUACGGCAACUUAUACAUUGGUGGACUGCCAUCAAAUUUCAAUUUGGAUGAUCCAAAAAUCGUGCCCUUCGUAGGUUGUAUUGGCGAUACGACCCUCAACAGCGAGAUCAUAAUUAAUUUUGCUAAUACAACCGAGAGACCACAUGCAUUUCUAGGAAAGUGCAAAGGCAGUGAUCAGACGCUUUCACCAUCGAUCGUUGAACCUGAAUUCUUGCCACCAUUAUUACCGUCGGAAGGUCUGGAAGAUAUAGUAGAAUCGUCUACUCAAAUCAAUAUAAUAGAAGUCGAUGUGGACAAAGAUGAGAAAGAAGAAGAAGAACCAGAAUUGGAAGGGCGAAUUAACGUAGACAAAUAUGAUUUCACGACAACGACUACUACGCAAAGACCAAGCAGCCUGACUGAACAGCCUGAAACCAUCGACAAAUGUCACUUGCCAUACUACCCAGCAAUAGAUCCUGACCUUGAGAAUGCUUGGCGAUUUGGCACUAUAAGGAACAGUAGAUUAGAAUAUAGAACGCUGAAUGGAAGAUACAAAGAUGACUAUGAUUUCCAGAUUGAUAUAAAAACAAUGGCGGACGAUGGAAUUAUAUUCUAUACUUCCGAUCUCAGUAAACAAGACUUAAUCGCCGUGUAUAUGCUUGGUGGAAAAAUUCACUACAAAUUCGACUGUGGAAGCGGACCAGCAUUGCUAGUGAGUGACAAGAUGAUCAAUAACAAUCAAUGGCAUAUCAUAAUCUUCAAGAGAGAUGGUAACUACGGUCAACUAAUUGUAGAUGAUGAGGAAGCAGUGACCGGAUACUCGUUGGGACAUACCACUGCUAUCAAUGUCAAUCCGCCAUUCUUCGUAGCAGGCGUCUUGCCAGAAAUAUCCAGUAUUGCGUACACAAAUAUUGGUCUUAAUAAGACGUUUAGCGGCUGUCUAGGAAAUUUCAUGAUGAACGGACAACUCGUCGGAGAACCAUCGGAAAAAAUAGGUGUAAUACCUUGUUCGAAGAGAGUCGAGCCCGGUCUCUUCUUCUUUCCAGGAAAUGGCAGUAAUUUAUUCAAAGCAGUCGAUCGAUUUAACGUGGAUCGCACAGUCGAUAUUCAAAUGGAUAUAAAACCGCGAUCCACAUCUGGACACUUACUAUCGGUACACGGUAAAAGGGAUUAUCUCGUCCUAGAGAUGAUUAAUGGUACCGUUAAAUUUCUCAUAAAAACUCAGAAAGGUUCGAUUGAAACAGCAUUCGAGCCGACGAAACCAAACUCUCUGUGUGAUGGCCAUUGGCACAAUAUUCGAGCUGUUAAACAGAAAAAUGCAGUACUCCUAUCAGUCGAUCACAAACCGGCACCACCUGGAAUCGGCGGCAAAAACGUAGCUAGAGUCUUAUCAAAACAUCCGAUAUUCAUCGGUGGACAUCCGAUGUUGGGAAGAAGAUUACGAGGAAGUACCUCGCAGACUCAAUAUGUCGGCUGUAUCAAUAAUAUUUUGAUCAACAUGAGACCAGUCAGCAUUAGGCCUGAACGAGCCUACGGACAAGUUAUCACCGGUGUAUGCCCGACAAUUUAAAAUAAGAGUUUAUGAAUUUAUAGCUUUUAUCCAAAAUUUCAAUUAGAUCUUCUCAUCGAAAUACUUUAUUAAUUUCUA